AUAACUCUGUUCCUACUCGCGCUUUCGCAGGCUCUCCUGGACGACCCCCUGUACAUCGGGCUGCGCCAGAAGCGAGUGACCGGCGCCGCGUACGACGAGUUCAUCGAGGAGUUCAUGCGCGCAGUGGUGCGGCGCUUCGGCCAGACCACCCUGAUCCAGUUCGAGGACUUUGGCAACCACAACGCCUUCCGUCUGCUCGAGAAGUACCGCGACCAGUACUGCACCUUCAACGACGACAUCCAGGGCACCGCCAGCGUGGCCGUCGCCGGCAUCCUCGCCUCCCUGCGCGUCACCAACACCCGCCUCUCGGACAACGUGCUGCUGUUCCAGGGCGCCGGCGAGGCGUCGCUCGGCAUCGCCAGCCUCUGCGUCAUGGCCAUGAUGAACGAGGGCACCUCGGAGGCCGCGGCGCUCAAGCGCAUCUGGCUCGUCGACUCGCGGGGGCUGAUCGUCAAGAACCGUCCCGAGGGCGGCGUGACGGGCGAGAAGGUGCGCUUCGCGCAGGACCACGCGCCCGUCAAGACCCUCACCGAGGCCGUCAAGACCGUCAAGCCCUCCAUCCUGAUCGGGGCCGCCGCCAUCGGAGGCGCCUUCACGCCCGAGAUCCUGCAGACCAUGGCCGCCAACAACAAGAAGCCCAUCGUGUUCGCGCUCAGCAACCCCACCAGCAAGGCGGAGUGCACCGCGGAAGACGCCUACAAGCACACCAACGGCACGGUGGUGUUCGCCAGCGGCUCCCCGUUCCCUCCCGUGACCUACAACGGCAAGACCUUCCACCCCGGCCAGGGCAACAACGCCUACAUCUUCCCCGGCGUCGCCCUCGGCGUGAUCUGCGCCGGCGUCAAGCACAUCUCCGAUGAGAUCUUCUUCCUGGCCGCCCAGACCCUGGCCAACCUCGUCUCCCAAAAGGACUUGGACUCCGGCAGCCUGUACCCGCCUCUGGAGGACAUCCAGCACUGCUCCUCCGUGAUCGCGGAGGCGGUCGCCGAGUACGCCUACAAGAACGGUACCGCAAGCACGUACCCCAAGCCCGCGGACAUCAAGGCGUACGUCAAGUCGCAGCAGUACGACCACAGCUACUCGUCGGCGCUGCCCGCCCUGUACGCGUGGCCCGACGCGUAGAGGCUUCAUCAGAGGCUCCAUCAUCCAGGUGAUCUCAUCCGUCCACUCAUUUCCGCUUUAUACGCUGCUGGUUGUCUCACCGGGCUUCAAUAAUGUCUCAGUGGUGGAAUCGCCCUCACCCGCCGCGGUGCGCAUUUUUGUCACAACCCAUUUCAAAUAUCAACCAAUUUAUCUCCAAAUACGUCGCGCCGGCCAGUGUGGUUGCCGCACAAGCGCGGGGAACUUUGUAUCGGAGCUCGUCGGGGGCGGGUCGGCGGCAGGGGGGUCGGAAAAUGGAAUCGACAAGGGCCACAGAAUUGGCAAUCGUCAUCGUUUGAUGUCCUCAGGGCCGCUGUGAAAGCAGUGCUUGUGCUUUCAAAGCUCUGCGAGGCACUUCCAUCAAUCGCGAUUGCUUCGGCUCUCCCCGCCCUUCGG